UAGCUUCUGCUGUCGCUCCCACAUGUUGCUUCCCCGCCAGUGUUCACUCCAUGGCUCCGCCCCCACCCGGCUCUGUGACUGCGGUGCUGCGAUGCUGCCAGCCGGACGACUCGCAAGUGAGUCCAGCAUCAGGACCGGAUGGAGAGCGCGUGAGAUUCUUUGUCCACAGUCUCCUCUUUAUUCAAGGGUGAAAAGUUUGCUGCCGCUCAUGCUUGGAAGAAAGUCGUGACAAAGACAUUUUGGGUCACUCGGAGGUUAAAAUGAGCCCGGUUGUGUUCCUUUUCCUCCUGUUCAUACGACCGACGGAGCUCCGUCACGCGCGGCUGACUCCCCACGCCGAGGAGGGCGCGAGCGGGAUCGCUGCAGACACAAGUGGGUCCCGUUCAACGGAAACCCUUCUGGACCGCGAUGGGAGCCCCGGACCGUCCGACUUCAGGCGAGUUGCCCGUGGAGCCAAAGACGGCGCCUUUAGGAAACACGAUCCGAGACGCCACGACGACCCGGAUGGUUACUUCACGACGCCGAGAAGCGUCCGACAGCAUCCCGGGAACUUUUCCACCGGGCGUGGGUCGCUGCUCUUCCCGGUAACGGAUGACUCUUACUGGGCUUACGCCGUUCUUCUGCUGGCCCUGGUUUUGUUCGCCGCCGGGCUUGUGGGGAACCUUGCGCUCAUGUGCACCGUGUGGCACAACUUUUAUCUGAAGAGCUCUUGGAACUGCGUCCUCGCGGGACUGGCGCUCUGUGACUUCCUGGUCAUCUUCUUCUGCCUCCCCGUGGUGGUCUUCCAUCAACUCACCCUGAAGAGGCUUCUGGGGGACCUGUCCUGCCGCCUGGUGCCCUACCUGGAGGUGACGUCUCUGGGCGUGGCCACGUUCAGCCUGUGUGCCCUCAGCAUCGACCGCUUCCACUCAGCCGUCAGCUCCGCUCCCCUUCAUGUGCCAAAAGUAGAGCCCUGCCAAUCCAUUCUGUCCAAGCUGUCCGUCAUCUGGCUGGGUUCCAUGGUCCUGGCAGCACCAGAGCUUCUUCUGUGGCACCUCGUCCAGGAAACAGCCACCGUGCCAACCCCUCAGCAGUCAGGAACACUGAUGUCUGGCUUCAGAUCCAGACGUGACACCUAUGUGCUGGAUAUUUGUGUGCGAGAGCCAUCGGCAGAGCUCCCAGACCACAUCCUCUCCCUGGUGUUGACCUACCACGAGGCCCGGAUGUGGUGGAUGUUUGGCUGCUACAUCUGUCUGCCGCUUUUGUUCACCUUGGCUUGUGACCUGGUGACCAGGCAAGUGUUAGCUCAGCGCGUGUCGCAGAAACCCAGCUGUGAGAAAAGGUCCCCCAAAGGAUCCCCAACGAUAUCACCCAAAAAGAAGCACCACGUUCGAGAGCAGCGGCUUCGCUCGACGGUGAUGGCGCUCACCGUCUUGUACGUCCUGUGCAACCUCCCAGAGAGCAUCUGCAACAUCAUGCUGGCGUACAUCUCUGCCUCUACAUUCACCGCCUUGCCAGCUACAGCUCUAGCAGCACUGGGUCUGGUCGGGCAGUUCCUGCUGUUCCUGCGUAGCUCGGCCACUCCGGUGCUGCUGCUGUGCUUGUGUCGCUCGCUGGGCCAGGCUUUCUUGGACUGCUGCUGCUGCUGCUGUGACGAGUGUCUACCUGAUGCCACCUCGUCCUCAUCUUCUGGAUCGACCGCUGCCACCUCUGCUCUCCCCUCACCCACCUCGUCCUCACCCACCUCCAUGUUGCCCUCGAGCAAAGACGACACAGUGAAGAGCUUGGUGGUGGUGGAAGCCAACAAAGACAGAGUGAAAGACUCCUCAGAAGCACUUGGGACGCCCUGUUGAGAACAGAGGCUUGUUACUGUUAUUUUUACUGAAUUGCUCAGUAGUUUAGGACGUCAUAACUGUAGAUUGUUUUUGCCGUUUUUGUUUUAGCCAUGCGUAAAAUUGAGGUUGAUGAUGAUGCAUCAUACACAUCUGUCAGAAACACACAGAGACUCCACCCACAGCAGCAGGAUGACGUCUUAGUAGUGCUGGUAACUUUGACUAUUAUAAGACUUUUUGGAACACGUUUAUAAACAAACUUGGAGCCAAACAUUACUUUUUGGUCAUAAACCUCUAGCCUUCCCUUUGAAGUAUCCAUGUUUACUUUGUUAAAAUAAGAUGGGGAAUAAAGUAUAGGUACCAGUUAGUCUCCUUGUGGUGUCUCUAUCAGAGAUAUCAGUGAUCUAGAUAUGGUAUUGCAGUCAGUUUUGCUCUUGCCCUUCAACGUACAGCGAAGAUCAACAUCAAACAUCAUUUGCGGCCUGUCUUUGAUUGACAGCUAAAGCCAGCCAACGGCAGCCAUUCGACUUUGUACAUCCUGUUGUAUCGAAACUUUAUGACUUUCAUGGUACCACUAGUGAUAUAAGCUGUCGCUGUCUUGUUUUGUUUUUUGUUUUCUGCGGUUGAUGUGAUUGAUGUUAUUAGUUAUAUAGAUAGAUUGUGUAUGUAUUGGAAUGAUUUGCGGGGUUGUGAGAUAUUGAUUUGAAAUCAGAAGGCCCUAACUAGAUGAUUUUUGACAGUCUGAUAUAUGAUAAAUGUAUGGGGGCCUCACUGGUUUUGAAGAAGUGGCUGUAGGUCAGGAGUUUUGCGGCGUAUAUUCUAUAUUACCAAAAGGAUUUGCUCACCUGCCCUGACUCCCAUAUGGACUUAAGUGCCUCCCCUUCCUAACCCAUAGGGUUUCAAUAUGAAGUCGGCCCACCUUUUGCAACUAUUACAGCUUCAACUCAUCUGGGAAGACUGUCCACAAAGUUGAAGGGUGUGUUGAUAGGAAUAUUUCAUUAUUCUUCCAGAGGCCUGGCUCACAGUCUCUGGUCUAAUUCAUCCCUAAAGGUUCAUGUCAGGACUCUGUGCUGGCCAGUCAAGUUCAUCCACCAGAGUCCACCAUGUCGGAAGAGGAAGGGGUCUGCUCCAAACUGUUCCCACAAGGUUGGGAGCCUGGAAUUGUCCAAAAUAUCUGGGUAUCCUGAAGCAUUCAAAGUUCCUUUCACUGGAACUAAGGGGCCAUGCUCAACUCCUGAAAAACAACCCCACACCAUAGCUCCUCCUCCACCAAAUUUCACACUUGGCACAAAUGGCAACCUCCAAACCCAGACUGGUCCAUCAGAUUGCCUGAUGGAAAAGCAUGAUUCAUCACUCCAGAGAAGGCGUCUCCACUGCUCUAUAGUCCAAUUAUAGCACUGCCUCCGGUGCUUUGCAUUGCACUUGGUAAUGUACGAGGGAGGAAAUUUCACAACCGGAUUUGUUGCAGAGAUGGCAUCUAUGAUGCCGUAGUUCCACUUGUUUCCUGACAAAAUACUGAGUCUUUAUUGUCUGAAGCAUGAAAUGCUUUUUGCGGAUCAUUUUAAUAUCGAUAACAAUAUGACAGUUCCACGCUGGAAUUCACUGAGCUCCUGACAUCAGCCUGUGAUUCUGAUCAUUUGGCUGGCUGAGCAAAUACUUUUGGUUUUCAUAGUGUAUAUAUAAUUUGGUUUUGCUGUAUCGUGUACGGUGUAGUUAUGCCAGGUGCACACACUCACUGUGUGUCAUGGACUGUGGGAGGCACCCAGGGUACCUACAGUAUAGGAAACUGCAGCACACAGAGGUCUUACAACCCCCACAACUUACAAAUUGGUAACUCUUUAGUUUGCAGUGUCUGUUUUGCACAGGUUCCACCACACAAGUGUUUCACAGCUGAACUGGUAAUCGUUCACACUGUCACAAGAUGGUGAGCAGCUGGAAUGAAAAGAAGAAGAAAGGGGCUUUUAGACUUCUUUGUGCGCGAGCUGAGCUGGUCUUUUGUGUUCUAACGGCUCUUGGCUGAGCCCCUCUGAAAAAGGACAGCUCGCAAAAUAGUUUCAGGGAGACACUUGAGCAACAUUAGCCAGGACAGGUUGCUCAGAAAUGAUCAUCUAACACUUCGAACCUAGGCUUGGAAUUAAGCACAACAAAAGCACCUGAAGUUAAGUCUAAUUUCAAAGUCAUCUUGCAAACACUUGAACACUUGAAAAGUAUUUUUUGUGCAUGGAUGCACCAAUACCAGUUUUUUUUUUCCCAAAACAAGUAGUGUACGAGUAUUGCAUUUUGAGUACUCACCAAUAAGUACUACUGCCUGUUUUUCUUUUUCAUAUAUAUCGAUAUUUGAACGACAUUCCUCCUUUUUCUUGCACAUGGGUGACGGUCACAAGUUUCACUGCCCUACAAAUGCAAAUUUAACAUGGUAUCGGUGGCCAUUCUAUGAGCACAAUUACUGAAGCCCUGUAUCGGAGCGCCGCCUUGUCUGUGUUCUGCCCUAAAUUUCAAUAAAAAAAACACAUGAAUACAAAGUUGAAAAUCACAGAACUCCAGCUUCAUAUGAGUCCAAGUCAAUGGAUGUAGUGUUGGACCUGUGGAUCACCUAGCUCUCUUUUGUUUUCACCACCACUGCCAAGGCAAAAACUAGAAAAGCAGUUAGAAACCGAGUACCUCCACCAGUCUGCUCAUUUCACCCCGUGUUUAAUGGCAAUAACAUUACCAUACAUUUACUUUGACUACUUCAUUAUCCCCGCUGCUAUUAGAUGAAGCUGUAUGUCACAUACAAGCCGUUAAGCAGUAGAACAAACAACUCGACAACACAGUCUUUCACCGUGACUUGUCUUUGAGUCGCCCACUUAAUGCAGACUGUACUUAAACAACUUUAUUGAGGAAGAGCCAGAGGUCUCUUGGAAACUCUGAUGUCUUGUGGAAAGAAUUCCUGACUCCCACUGGACAAGGAAGCAGCUCACACUUUGAGUACGGUGCUCCGUUCUGCGAUUAUUCAAACACUGAAGGUCACGGCUUCACAAUAACUGCUGGCCCUGUGAGUUCUGCCGGAUAUAAUGAGCACAGUUGCUUUGAGCUCGGUUGCCAGGGAAGGCAGACAAAACUUCUGUGUUUUCCUGCUUGAGUUUCUUCUGCUUCAAGUUCCUUCUCUAGUUGUGUUGUAGUUUGGUCGACUAACCUUUGAAUGACAGAGCUCAAAACAAAUCAUGCAGUCCACAUGGUGAAGAAAGUGCUGAGGCUAAAGAAGAGCAGAGCCAAAAGACAGAGCUCUCAUUUACUGGUCCAUCUACACUCCUUGGUCAUUGGGAUCUUUCAGAGAUAAGAUCACAAGCUUAGUCAUCUGCCAGAUUCUCAAAGUUGAGCGGGUUAUCCUGCAAAUCAAUGAGGAAUUCUAGAUUUUAAUUUUGACGUACAAUGAUCUCCUGUUCUGAGGAGAACUUGAAGCUCUUGCACAAACCUUCCCAAGGAGCCACCUGCAGCCCCCCACAGAGGCCGGGCCCCUCCGCGUUACUCCCCGGGCCACUUCUGUAAGUUGGAUCGGGACUCUUUGGAGCUGAAAUAUUUGUCCUCCCACGUCCUUGUUUCUGGGCACACAGGAGGAGGUUGGGGGAGGGGCCUCAAUAAGGCCCGCUUUGUUCGGGCAUCCCCUCCUCUGGCUCACACUGCAGCACUCGAACAAAGCUGCAUAUCAAUUUCCAUCCACCGAGGGGAGUUGCUAAGCUACACAUCCACAUCUCCCACCUCCUCCGACUGGCUCCCUCCUCCUCUCUGAACUUGCAGAAGAAAGAGAUGCCGGGGCGGAAAAGCCGCCCACCCACAGGCCAAAGACAUUCUCAUGUUGGUCGUCUUGACAACUGGCAGGGCCAAAUCAGGACUAAAAACCAACAUAGUUCUGGGGUUGAACUGGACGGUGGCCUGGCCCAGCGUGGAACAUCACAUGCUGGAGUGGCUCUGUUCUCCUCCCAAGACCAGAACAAGCUCAUUAGACCUAAUCCAGCCUGUAAUUGGUUCAUCACAGAAGCUUCGGCAGGGAAGCGGUUACAUUGUUCAUGAAGUUUGCCAGUCCUCUCAGUCAGGUGACGUCCAGCUAGGCUCUUACACAGCUCUCUGUUUUCAAGUUGUCAAGCACAGGCAGAAAGGACCCGUCUCAAGCUGAAAUCCAAACUGUCACCUCCAUGUGAUGCGGCUGCAGCACAAACCGCUUUAACACUGUGCUAUCCACGUCUCUAUAAACGUAUGAGAAUCAUACGCUUACGCCAUCAAAACAAUCUCUGGAGAUUCUGCAUGCUAUGAGCUAUUGUGCGAGCGUUCGAGCGCCAUGAGCUUCAUUCAUAUUAGUAUUUGAACAGACAUGAGUUUUUGCAAUUCAUUGUCUUCGGUUGUCUUUCUUUUCCUUCACUCUCAAUAUUUUCAUACAAUAAUUUCAUACAAUAAUACUUUCCUAUUUAAAUGCCUCCUUUUUUAUUUACUUAUUUAUUUAUUGAACCAUUAUUUUGUUUGUGUUUUAACUAUUCUUAAGUUCAUGUACAACACAUACAACAAUGCAUUUUAUUAUUAUUUUUUUGUAUUCUGAACACACAAUUCCUCUUCUUUUUUUUUCUUUUUAUUCUGUCUGUCUUAACAUGACUUCCAAAAUCCAAUUUUCAAGUAUCUUCAUGUUGGAAAUACAGUGUACUGUGCGGGGCUGUGUAUUGGUAGGUGUCUUGUGAUACGAUAUGUAUCCUGAUAC